UCUCAACUGAAUCCCGAACUCGACACUACAACAAUGAAGGCCGUUCUUGCUCUCGUUGCCCUCGUGGCUUGCGUCGCCGCCGCUUCUGCUGGUGCCGUGUACGCGGGAUACGCUGCUCCCGCUGUCGGAUACGGAUACGGAUCGUACGCUGCCCCCGCUAUCGGAUACGGCUACGGAUCUUACGCUGCUCCCGCUCUCGGUGACGGAUACGCCGCUCCCGCUUACGGUUACGGCGGUCUUUACGGUGGACUCUACGGUGGAUACCUCCCGUCGAUGUCAGUAUUCACCCGACUUACUCUGGCUAUCAUCAAGCCGGACGCGUGUGCGUCUCCGCCCAGAUUCGAACUAAUCAGGCACCUUAUGAAAGAGAAUGGCUUCAGGAUCGUGGCAGAGAAGUACAGGAGGUUCUCUCAGCAGGAAAUGGAGAAGUUCUAUGUCGAGCACGAGAACAAAUUUUUCUUCCACCGCCUUACAACAUACAUGUCUAUCGGACCAAUUUUCGUUGGAAUCCUUUCGAGGGACGGUCCAGCCAAUACUUUAGCAAGUUGGAGAACGCUACUCGGGCCGAGUAAGGUCUUCCGAACGAUAUACGAAACGCCUGAGAGCAUACGAGCGCAAUGUGGGCUGACAGACACUCGGAACGCGGUGCAUGGAUCAGACUCAGUCAUGAGCGUGGAACGAGAGGCCCGUCACUCCGAUGAUCGGUCACAGUUCUCAACUGCGAAUCCAACCCACUACCACAAAAUGAAGGCCGUCCUUGCUCUCGUCGCCCUCGUGGCUUGCGUCGCUGUCGCUUCCGCCGGAGCCGUUUACGGUGGUGUCGGAUACGCUGCCCCUGUUCUCGGAUACGGAUACGGAUCCUACGCUGCCCCUGCUCUCGGUUACGGAUACGCCGCUCCCGCCCUCGGAUAUGGUUACAGCUCGUACGCCGCUCCUGCUUACGGCCACGGACUCUACGGCGGUCUCUACGGUGGAUACCUCCGCAAGUGAACGAUCGGACCCGGACUUCUGUAAACUGUGGUGCAAUAAAACAUUUGGCGUCUUAGGACA